AUGCGGAAGGUGGUAAUAGUGGACGGAGCUCACUUGAAGGGUCGGUACGGUGGAUGUAUAUUGACUGCUAGUGCUCAAGAUGAAAAUUUCCAGAUAUUCCCAAUUGCAUUUGCUAUCCUAGACAGUGAGAAUGAUAAUGCAUGGGAGUCUUUGAUAAUGAUAUCAAAGGCUGCCCGGGCAUACAAGAAGUCUUCAUUCCAUGAUCAUUUUGCCGAAAUUGAGCUUGUAUCUUCGGGAUGUUCAGAAUACUUGAGGUCCAUUGGGUUCCACCACUGGACGCGCUCGUAUUGUAAUGGUGAGCGUUACAACAUUCUUACUAGCAACGUAGCAGAGAGCCUAAAUGCAGUUCUGAAAGAAGCAAGGGAGUUGCCAAUUGUCUCGGCCAUUGAAUACAUCUGUGGCAUCCUUACGUCUUGGUUCACAAAGCGCCGUGAAAAGGCGACCGAACACAAAGCCGAACUAACUCCAAAGGCUGGCGGUUUAGUUCAGUCGCAUUAUGAAAAGUCGACUGACUACAAGGUGAUCAGGGUUAAUGAGGAGAUCUAUGAAGUGAAGACACAAUUGGGUAUAACAGUUCAUGUGUAUCUUCAUAACAAAACAUGUACCUGCGAAGAGUUUGACAUGCUCAAGAUCCCCUGCUCCCAAGCCAUAGCAGCUGCGGUAAAGGCAAAAAUCCAAGUUCACACUCUGGCUGCGGAAGAGUAUGGUCACUUCUAUUGGCGCCUUGCUUACCACAAGAGCAUCAAUCAUGUUCCUGACAUGGGCAUUUUGUACGCCGUCCCGGAUGAUAUUGCUACUUUGACCAUCCUUGCACCCCAGAGGAGGAGGCCACCAGAGGUAGGCGACGAAGAAGGUGAGGGCAUGUACUCGUUGUUGAGGAAUUGGGCAUAA